UUAUAAAUUGACAGCUGUGACACAUGUCAAAGUUUGAUUUGACAGAUGUCAAUGUCAAAUCAAACAUACACAAAAGAAAUUAAAAACAAAACGAUGCCACCGAAAAUGUCGAAAAUGUAAGUUGCGGAAAACAAUAAUUUAUUUGUAGAAACAAGUAAAGUUUUUGUUUUUCUUUUGAUCUUCAAUUGUGUAAUGAAUAUAUUUUUAGACGGUCAACGAAUAAACAGCUACGGGUUUUGGCGGAAUACAUGUCGCAGAACUCCCGCUUCGCGAAUCGGGAGUACGACGGUCCACUGGGAAACCAGCGGUACGAGGCGCAGUGGGAGAGCCUCGCCGCCUUAUUAAGAGAGCACGGGCCGGACAAACCUGUGAAGGCGUGGAAAGUGACAUGGCGUGACAUGUGUCGCAAAGCAAGGCGAAGCAACGCUGCAGUCAAUCGAGCAAGAAAUGUAACUGGGAAUGUUAUGAACAUCCCUGAUAUCACCGAGGAAGAGGCGCUCGUUCUGGACGCUAUUGGAAAGGACACCUCAGAAGGAGUGGGUCCCGAGGAGUCCACAAUUGACAACAUUUCAUUUUUUUACAAUGGCUAAAAAUUGAUGUCUAUUUGUAGAUUAGGGCUUGCUGAGUACAUAAAAAAAUAAAUUGGAUUUUUAGAUUCAGUUAUUCUUGAGAAAAUUCAAAAUAACUUGGCUAAACCAAGUUUUAGGCAGAUUAGAAGUAUUCCGGUGCCUAUAUUCCGCCCGUCGUCAGAAGAAAGUAGCGGUUUGACACUGACAGUUUAUUGACAUGGUAUGAUAGGUAUUUUAUUGUUUAUGUCUGUUCAAGUAUUUGUCAAUUUAUACGUUUGAGUUCAAUUUUUACAGAGAUUAAACUCAUUAAUGAAAGUUACGGAGGGCU